UCAAAACCUUUUUUCUUCGUCAUUCAUUCAAUCAAUUUUCAAAUCAAAGAUUGACUUUAUAAUAUGGUGUGGAGUAGCGAAUUUGACAAAGAAGAAGAUUUCCAAUUCGCCGGAAAAUGUGUACAACCCUGGCAACUGGAAGCAGCCCGGGCUAACAACAUGUUAGAAGACUUGUGUGCCCUUCAUGUGGGAUCCAGAGCUCCUGCAACACGUCUUUCUGGAUUAAUAUGCUCAAUCGGUAUAGCGAGCUGCGACGUGCCCACAAUCGAAAUCCUCUUGGAAAACGGGAUGAAUAUAGCCUGCUUGAAUUGUCUGUAUGGACAGAUAGAGUACCAUCAGCAAAUUCUUUCAAAUAUAAGGACUGCGCAGAAGAACUUUAGCAAAAAAAUUAAAAUGAAGUACCCUUUGGCUGUCUCCGGCUUCACUCGGGGACCUGUUAUUCGAGCAACUGGAAAACGUUGAAGCAGUGUUCAACAACUUGCAGCUCAUCAAUCUAGAUUUAAGCCACAACGAAAUUUCCUUCAUUGCUAGUGAUGCUUUAAGAAAUAUGACGAAACUGAGAAUCGUUCGACUAAACCACAACAAAAUCAAGUUCUGGGAUAACAACUGGUUUCAAGACUCUGAAGCCAUAACAACAAUAUUUGCUUCUAAUAAUUUGAUUGGAGAACUUCCAGAGAAAGCGUUCAAAAAUUAUCAAAAUACAUUCUCGAUUGAUUUGGCAGCUAAUAGAAUCGAAAAUAUCAAUGACCUGGCUUUCUAUAACCCCGAAAGGGGGUUUACAAGACUCCACUAUUUGAUUCUCCGUGACAAUCUUAUCCAGAAGUGGAACAAAUUUUUGCUGGUCAAUCGAGCCAAUAUCACCGUGUAUGGAAUCGACCUGAGGAAGAACAAACUUGAGUGUUUUCAAGGCAGUGUAAAUGAUAAUUUUGGAAAAGUCGAAGUGGUGUGGCUUAGUGAUAACGCGUUUGGGGCAAGUUGUAGGAUCGAAAUUGAGCAAUACGUUGAUAAACAUAAAGCUUAUCAAACUCCAGAAGAACUGGAAGAAGAAAUGAUUUAUUAAAACUAGUGUAGUUGGAAAUUAAAACAUAAAUGUCAAUUUGA